AUGACUUCAGAAAAAUUAGAGUGUUGGAAAACGACCUUUCGAGAGAUUUACAACAGAUCACCAACACCCGGAGAUUACUCAGUUGCCCCAAACGAAAUUCAAGCUCUAUUGAAAGGCACAACCACCACCGAAAAAAUCCACGAAAACCCAAUUAAGCGAGGACUGAAAAGGACUAAUUUUGUGUCGAAAAUGAUGGAGGAGGAACAGUUCAGUCCUGUCAAAAAACGAGUCAAACUCCAGAGAAUAGAAGAAGAAAAAACAUCUCCGAUUCUCAGAGCGUCGCCCAGAAAGAAAUUAAUACUAUUCGAGAAUUCGCCAACGAAAACAACACCCCAAAGGAAUGAUUUAUCUCCAAGAAAGAAGAUCAAUAGUGGCGCCCUAUUCAAUUUUGAAGAUUUUUCCCCUCUGAAGACCUUCUCUGGGAGUGCAUCGAAAUCAGCAGUGAAAUGUUCAUUAACACCUAUCAAGUCUCCAACAAAACGGCCAUAUCAAAGACAACUCAUGAACAGGGAUAUCGAAAUGCUACUUCUACCAACGCCAGAAAAGUUAGAAGAGGAAGAGCCAGCUGAAGAAUUUGAUGAUGAAACGAACGAAGAAGUGAAACAAGCGCGUGCCUACAAACCAGCAGCACGAAGACUCGGGGGCUCAUCAAAAAGUGACCAGAAUUUCCAGAAGAUCAAUCUUAGGAAGAAGCAAUUUGUUCGUGGAAAAGUGACCGCCGAGCAGAAGAGAAAGUUAAAAAGAAAGCAGAUGUUCAAGAAGAAAAAUUGA